GCGUCAACUGGACCCUGCGUGUCCCCCCUAGUCUGCGGACCUUCAGGGUGGUCGAUAUCAUGAACGGCGUCACCAGAUACGGAAACCAAAACGCUCAUUUCACACAAGCUGGCAAUGUGAGACACCUGUACAUCGUCAACAACUACGUCAUUUCCGGAACAGGCAGAGUCCUAGGGCUUUCGGCCUUGACCUUGUUUGACCUGAGCGGGACCUUCAUGGACGUGCAGCACUAUUUCUUCGACGACUUCCCCGGCCUGCGCAUUCUCCGGCUUAAGUCUAUGCGACCGGAAAACUUCUUCAGCCGGCUGUCUUGUGACCGGCUCAUCGCAAACCUGCCGUAUCUGACCUACUUUGAUCUCUCCAACAACCGGCUCAACCGGCUGCCGGCGGGCCUGUUCCGGAGAAAUCCCAUGAUGACACACGUCAUCUUAGCAAAGAACCGGUUCAGCUGCUUGCCCUUUGACCUAGGUAACACCCCUGACCUGGAGUACCUUGACCUCUCGGAGAACGCCGUGACCUACCUGGAGCAGGCCGAGAUGGAGGCCCUGACGGCCCACUGGCAGCAGACGCCAAACUUCCGGCUCAGGCUUGGCGGGAACAACAUCGCUUGCAUGUGCUCGCAGAUCAGAUUCCUCGGCUGGCUGGAAAGAAGCCAGUUUCUGAUUGGUCGAGACUUGUACACCUGCACAUCGCAAGAUGGCCAGCGGUUGAAGAUUAGUGACGUCAUUGCCGACCUGCAAGGUUUCUACAGACACUGCUACGGCAGCAUGUACUUCAUGUCGUCACUGGUCCUGCUGUCCCUGCACCUGUUUACCUUCCUGUCGGCUGUCCUGGUCCUCAGGUUCAGGACUCGUCUGCUGGCUUUCAUCUGUCGUCUGCUCUUCCCGGCACGGGUCCUGUCUGCAGACGACUACAAGUACGAUGUCUUUCUCGGCUACGCUGAUGACGACUUCCUGUUCGUCCAUCACCAGUUGAGUGGUUUCCUGGAGGACAGUUUAAAGGUCAGGACUUUCAUCCACCAACGUGACCUUGGCCCCGGCUACACGGACCAGCAGUUUUUCAAGGCCAUCCGCAACAGCUGGAGGGUCAUGCUGGUGAUCACAGACACCUUCCUGCACAGGUACCAGCUGUGUGACGUCGUCAUCAAGUUCGCCAGUCACUCAGUGACGUCACUCAACCCUCGCCGCGUGCUCGUGCUUGUGGAGGAGUCUCAGUACCAGAACAUUCCAGACUACUUGUAUGACGUCAUUGACGAGACGAGGAUCGUAGUGGUCAAAGACUUGCAGAGGACGCUGGACUAUGGGCAGCAGCAAAAGAUCAGAGACUGUAUUUUCUCUUAGUCUACGUUUGCUGGUCUAAAUGUAACAAGUCUGGUCUCAGAGGUCAACCUUUAGUCAGAUGACCUUUGUACCUACUGACCCCUGCAUAUGUCGUGAACUCACUUGUUGGGAGCAGUUGUCUUGAGCCCAUUUGACGGGAGCCCUUUUGUCGGGAGCCAAUAUCUAGUGAGCCCUUUUGACUGGCGCCCAUCAGUCGGAAGGCCCUAUGUCAUGAGCUCAUUUGUGGAGAGCCAAUAUGUCGGGACCCUAAAUGUUGGGAACCCAUGUGUCGGGCCCCCGUUAUGUCGGGAACACAUUAGAUGGGAGCCAAUAUGUCGGGACUUUUUAUUGGGACUAUUUC